UUUAAUAUAGAAGAAAUUACAAUAUUGCGAGGUUUAAGUAAGGCCUGAAUUAUAUAUAAUAUAUUAAAAUGGCCGACGGAGAAGAUAUUCUUGGGUCUCUUCCGCCUCCUAGAGUAAAAUGGAAGGAACAAAAAAUGGAAGAUAUAAAAGAGGCGACACUUGAAGGUUCACAAUUUGAAGCACAGUUUCCGGAAGAUAAACUUUCUGUUCAGCUUCCAAUUGAUUCUCCUAGACCCCAAACACCUAGAUAUCCUCGCCCGGCUUCUGGUGAAUUGUCUGCAAAAAGUCGCCCAUCGUCUGAUGUACCGCAUCCACCUAAAGUUCAACCGUCUUCCGAUACACCAUCUUUAUCUAAAAGUCGACCUUCAUCUGAGGUUCAGCCAAAAGAGAAAGUAAAUAGACCAAAAACUACACUACGUCGAACUACGUCUGAAAAACAUGUAAACGACGCUGACAUAAAUAGUCCUGUUAUAUCAAGAAAAUCUACUCAGGAAUUUCUUUCACCGUCUACUCCCCGUGAACACAAUUCAACACCAUCUAGAAAAUUAUCACUUGACAAUCAAAAGCAUUUCACAGUUGCACCAAAUAAAAAGUCAGGAAAUGUUCAUAAUGGCGUUCAUUCUAAUUCUCUAUAUAAUAAAAAUGGAAGUGUCUCUGACCGCUCUGAACCCAGCAGUCGUGUUAGUUCUCAACUUAGCUUUAAUCAACGGUCAGACUCGGUCGGGCGAGUGUCCUCGCAAUAUGGGCAUCAGAAAACUUUAAAAGGUGAAAAUGGAAAUAGAAGUGCCGUGAGAUCGAGACCGUUUACUAGCACUGAGGUUGUGCAACUUAAGGGAAAGGUGAUAGAAAAUGGUUGGAGUUCAACAACAUUGUCAUCACAAGCACCUACAGAAGCCUCUGACGACCCUGAUCAGGAUCAUAUAAAUGUUGUAUUACGAGUGCGUCCACUUAACAGCAAUGAAAACACAAGAAAAGACCAGUUCAGUUGUACCUUUCCAGGAUCUGGAAAGAUUGAGGUUGAUAACAACGGGGCAGUACGACAGUUCGGUUAUAAUGUAGUGUUUGAACCAGACGCUAUACAAGCCGACCUGUUUGAGCACUCUGGUGUUAAAAAACUUAUUGAUAUGUCUCUAAAUGGUUAUGCAUGUACAGCGCUGGCAUUUGGUCAAACUGGGUCAGGAAAAACUCACACCAUGACGGGACCUCCCCAACAGUUCCAGGAAGGUAAGCAGGUGGACCCAGAGAAUUACGGAAUUAUUCAACGCUCACUCACAUACCUCUUCCAGCAGUUACAACAACAACAAGGGAACAAAAUAGUGCGAGCAUCAUAUCUAGAAAUAUAUAACGAACAGGUUAUUGAUUUGUUAAAUCCGAACAUGAGGAGGUAUCUACAAGUAAGAUGGUCUAAAAACAAAGGUUUCUAUGUGGAGAAUUUGUUUGUUGUUGAAUGUGAAACAGAAGAUGACCUCAAUGCUGUUCUUGAAGAAGAAACGGAGCAUGCCAGAACAACGAGGUAUACUUCUCGUAUAGAUAAACCAGUCGAUCGUACAAUAUUGGUGGGCAAUAAACGUAAACCCCAAUACUUAGACGUUGCUUUAGCACGUGGUAGUAACGAUUUGAAUUUAAAAGAAUCAAAGGAUGGAAGUAAGAGUGGGAAAGGAAAGAAUGUGAAAGUUGAGAAAGAAGAUUUAGGAAUUAAAAGAGGAAGGAAUAAAGUAAACGUUUUCAGCGGGAAGAAUGUAAAUGCUAGUAAUCAGAAUUUGAAUACAGGUGGAAAUAAAACAGCAGGAAAAGUUGAACCGCAAAAAACAGAUGCUUUUGCUGAGAAAACUUUAACAUUUAAAGAUAAACUAAAGUUUGAAAAUGACAAAAAUCAGAAACUAUAUCAUGAACUUGAUGAAAUGCUGGCUGGAAAGCAUGGAAUGUCAUUCCCGACUGAACGUAAGGAUGAACCUACAGUGCCAGUGAAAGUGACAAAGAAAGACUUGGGUAAAAGAGAACCCGUUACAGUUUUAACAAAGGAAUCUCUUUAUCCUGGCAUCACAAAAGGGGCCAGAGAAAGGCAUAGUGAUAAUUUGAGUUUCAGAGAGAGUAAUGUGCCUCCAAGAUCAUUUCUUGGUCAAGAAAGUGAGAUUUUACAUAAAAGGGAACUCCAGGCCGAAGCUAGAUUAGAGAAGUUAGAAAAUAUUGACAGAUUCACUAUUGGGGAUUUUACUGUUAAACCUCAAGGACCAAGUUCUCAACUCUCAAGUAGGACACAGACUGUCAGUGUAGGAAUACCAGUUCAUGGCGGGAACCCUGUCAGCAGACGACAUAUUGUUGCAGACAUUCCUGUUUAUCUCCCAUCAUAUGCCGGAGGAAACCAACCUGUUCAACAUGUGGUGAAAGAAACUGGUCCAGUUCCAGUAGAUGAGGUCUAUAAGAGUACAAUACCAGGUUCACAUGGUAAAAUUUUCCAACACGGACCCCAUCCAACCACUCAUGCUCCAGAAGCCUUUGUUGGACCAGUGCCAGGUUUAGAUACAGUGGUUGCAGAAACUCAAGGUGGUCCUCCAGUUCUUAACACAUAUAGAGUAACAGGCAAUCCUAUUAGUGAAAGACUUCUAAAAGAAAAGGAGGAACAUGAACAGUCUGUUUUAGAAAGCAAAUAUUUUGAUGUUGAUCCCGAGUCAAAGGAAACAAACAGGGCAGGGCAUCCUUAUGUAAGAAACGUAGAGGAAAGUGAUGAAAGACAUAAAUCUCGUACUCUUUUUUCAGAUCCUGGACCACACAUAGAUGACAAUUUAAAUGGUGAAAAACCACGAUUAUCUCCUGAAGGAUAUCUUGCUCAAAAAGCAAGAUUAGAGAGACUUGAGAAAGAGGCAAAAUCAUUGAAGAAAACUGAAGUAAAAGAAGCUUUUAUUACUCAAGAUUCAACAAGUCAGAGGUCAUCAAAAGCUGUGCCAAAGUUUGAUAACCAAUACCAAGUGGACUUUUAUGCUCAAAAGACAAGAUCAGAAAUAAGGCUCAAUAUGAAUUUAGACAGAGAAGACUCUUGGAUAAAAAGACAACUGGAGAAGCCAUCCAGGUCACCGGUUGCCAUGGAUACAUACAGAGGUCAAGGGGGUACAUACAGGACUGGGGGAUACAGAAAUGAACCUCAGAGAGGUGGAGGAGAUACUUACAGAGCUGUUGGGCAGUCACCAUACAGAGGUGAUGGGGAGAUCACAUAUCGACCAAAUGAUCCGGAUAGGUUUUCAAACAGGUCUUAUAAUUUACCAGACAAUAUUCGCGGUAGAGACCGUUACAGUGAUCAAAUAUCUAAAGGUCCUGAGCAGGCUGGAAACAGGGAGUAUGAUCCAAGAUAUGAAAGAGAAAGAAGGGACUUUAACAGGGAUAGAGAGAAUAGAAGAGACUUUGAUGAACGAAACAGAAGAGAUAGAGACUAUAGAAACAAUGACAUUGAAAGGGACAGAAGAGACUUUGAAAGAAUAGGAAAAUAUGAAAGAGGUCCUGUGACCUCAAUGUAUGAACCAGACAGAGAAAGAGAUAGAUAUAAUGAGAAUACACGAGGUUCUUAUAGAUUAAAUGAUGCAAAACCUGUUGAAAGAGAUGACCAUGGGAGACAUACAAUGGAUAAACCUAGAAAUAAAGAUGAAAAAGUGCAGUAUGUAUUGAGAAAUAAAAGUGAAAAUUCAAGAAGUGAAAUGAGAAAAUCAGAUAUGUCUGAAAGAAGUGAACCUUUGCCUGAGAGCAUACCACCUUCAUCAACAGAACUUGUUUAUAGAGACAAGAGUGCAAAAACUCAGUAUAGUAGAAAUUCAAAUGAGAAAGAAAUGCAAAACAAAGGUUCUCCACCAGGUUAUUCUAGACAAACUCCAAUUGGUCAGGAAAAAUCUAAAGGCUCUAUGAAUGAGUAUAGAGAAAAUUUGGGAAAACCCCCAACCUAUGAGACUAAAUUAGAAAGUAAAAAUGGAGGGAAAUCUACUGAUGAUUUGAACAAGUUUUUUGAUGAGCCAGAGAGGCAAGGGAAUCCAGCAAGUGUCACAGCAAGUUAUACAGAGGGUAAUGACACUUAUACUAGACCUAAACAUGAUUUCAGAAAUGGUGAGAUGAUGACACCAGUCCAAGAACUGUCAAUAAAGCAGUCUGAAGAUGAUGAGCUAAGUAAAACGGAUAAAGGUAGUGCAAAAAAUAGAUCACAAGAUCCUUAUGAAAAAAGUGAGAAAGUUAAGUUUUUGUCUUCCAAUUCAAAUAAGCAUGAAAUAGAAGAGGAUAGGAGAUCACCUUGGAGGAAAACAGAUGAUGUGUAUGGAAAUGAAAGAAGUCCAUCAUUGAGAGAUGAACCACCAAAACAUAUAGAAAGAAGAACAGAAAGUCCUGAUAUCACUAAAAUCAAAGGUCCAGAUUCUGUUGAACAAAUGAGGGAGAGAAUAAGAGAGAAAACAUUGGAAAAGAUCAAGGAAAAAAGAGAAGAGAGGAAAAGAGAGAGAACAAUUGAUAGUCAAGGACCUACGGAUAACAAAGAUGAUGUUACAGCUGAUGAAAUUGAUAUAGAUGAUCUGAAUCUAGAUGAUGUUGAAACAGAGAUGGAUGGGAAUGAGUUAUAUGUUUGUUAUCUACUAACAGAUAAUGGGGAGAAAAUAGGUCCAAUGAGGUUAGACAUUAAUGAUGUACAAGUUGGAUUGCCUAACCCAGAUAAGAUGAAAAACAUACCUGAACAGGCUGAAGAAAAUGAUAAUGAAGGUAUGAGGAACAGACAGACUGGUUCACAUGGUUUAAAUGAAUUUUCUAGUCGCAGUCACAGUAUGCUCAUGUUAACUAUAGAUUCAGAGAUGCAAGAUCCGGAUGAUGAGAAUCUGUACAUCACAAAACGUGGAAAACUCACUUUUGUGGAUCUUGCAGGUAGUGAAAAGGUAAAAGAUUCCAACUCAACAGCAGAUACUUUAGUGGAAUCAAACAGUAUCAAUAAAAGUCUUCUAGUGCUAGGUAAUUGUAUAUCAUCAUUGGGAGAUCAGAAAAGACGUCAAGGUCAUAUACCAUACAGAGACAGUAAACUUACAAAACUACUCGCAGAUAGUUUAGGCGGCAAUGGAGUCACUUUGAUGAUAUGUUGUAUUACACCUUCAUCAUAUCAUGCUCCAGAGACUAUGAACACAUUGAGAUAUGCAAGUCGAGCGAAAAAGAUCCGGACAAAACCAGUCGUGAAAAUGGAUCCGAGAGAAAAGUUGAUAUUAAGUUUGAAGAGAGAAAUCAAAGUACUGCGCAAUGAAAAUCACUACCUUAGACAACAGUUAGAGUUCCCAGCAAAGCCAAAGAAUCAGCUACAGAAGGAGAAUGAUCAGAAGAUGAUGAAGUUAAUGAAAGAGACUAAUGGUAAACCUGACACUAACAAUACUGUCAGUAAUAAUGAUGAGAAAGCAAAGCAGAGUGGAAAUGGUGCAGAUGAGAGUGGACUGUAUGAAAUGUUACAGGAAUAUAUGGUGGAAAAUGAAGCUCUCAGAACGGAGAAUGCCGAGAUGCAAGUAAAUCGUGACAAGGUUCGUCAAGACCAACAACUGUUGUAUAGAGACAAUGAGAAGUUGAUGAAACGGGUAGAUGAACUUGAGAGAAGGUUAAAUCAGGCGACAACGUCAUGGCAGUCUAUGCCGAGACAAGACUCGCAUCGGUCACGAGAUCACUCCCCUCGAAACUCACCGCAAUACAGGGGCGGGGGAAGUGGCGGGAAAGUUAUGCAGGCAAAAUUUGUUCGGCCCCCUAACGACCUUCAGCUGCGGGACAUCCCAGCUCUACGUGAUCCAAUCUAUCCUGGUUCUCCUCCUCAGGGGUACCACAGUCCCACCAGUAACGGCAGGGCGAAGCCCGGACAGGGGCAACAGCCACCACCACCCAGAGGUCAGCCGCUCAAACCUCCACAUAGACUCGCAGACCCAAUACCACAACAAAGGCCACCAUAUGAACAGAAUGGACCUCCAUAUAUGAACGGCACACAAGGAGGUCAUCCCGCAGGUCACGGCUAUCCAGCGGGUCACCCGGCCCUACAACCUGGUCCCGGGCACCAUCCUGGUACCGGCAAUCAAUACCGACAACCACAUGUAGGCAGUCCAAAUAGGCCAAAUGGAAUCUCACUGUAUCAUAGCUAUGAUUUACGUAUGGAUAGUCGUAAAUCGUCAACAUCAUCCAGUUCAGAUGCAAUACGAGAUAUGAAUGAAAAGUUAAAACAAGAACUUGCCCAGUUAGACGGUCAAAUUCAUCAUCACCAUGCUUAUAAUCAACAUAAAAAUGCUUACGGCUCACAGGGAUCAAUGAGAUGAUGAUUUAAUUGAUUAAUUAGUUAAUUGAUUGAUUCAUCAACAGUGAUAUUGUUUAAUUGAUUGAUCAAUAGACAUUUUUACGCUGGAAUUAUAGACAUUCAUCCACAGUGGUCUUGAUUAAUUGAUUGAUCAAUACAUAUAUCUUCCACACUGGCCAUGAUUGAUUGAUUGAUUAAUUAAUAGACAAUCAUAACCAGUGAUUGACUGGCAUUGGUUGAUUAAUUAUUGAACAUUUAUCACCAGUGAUCCUAAUUGUUAUUUAAUUGAUUGAUUAAUGGAUUAAUUGAUUAAUAUUAAUUACUAGAGAUCACCAGGACAGUCAUCAUGUAUAUAAUGGCAUUAUUCAUACUGUAUCAUAGAAACAUUUUAUGAAAUGAAUCAAUCUUUGUUGAUUGAUUGAUUUGUCAUUGCUUUCUUGAAUUGGAGGCUUAUCAAAUACUUUUGAUGAACUGGAGAUGAGAAGACAUGGAACAGAGUGAAUCAAUUUGGGAUGUUUAUACAAGAUUAUUUUUAUAUAACACAUAAACAAUGGAGAAAAGAUAAUAGGAAACAAUGAUGAUAGGGAGAAGAAGAAACUGCAUGGAUUGCACAUGCUUGCUUUAGUUAUAUGUUAUUUAUUUUUAAUGUCAGAUUUGCAUUUUGUCAAGUUUCAACAGGAAGAUAAACUAUAAAAUUGUGUAUAAAUUUAUUGUUAUAAAUCACUUCUUAUCUGUUUUGCCAUAGACAUCAAAGAGAUAAAGUAUAAGGUAAAAUGUUGACAUUGAUUAGUAUAUUGUAUUUAAAAUGAAAUGUCAACAUUUUAUAAUAUGAUGACAUUAUAACAAUGUGUUGUCAUUCAUGAUAUAUUGACAUUGUAACAUGUUGACAUUAUAAUAUAUAUUGACAUAAAAUUGGAUGUUAACAUAGUAUGAUAUCUUGACAAUUAAUGAUAUUUAAAGAUUCUGUAUUGAUUAUGUUAACAUUGUAUAAUAUGUUAACAUGGCAUGCUAUGUUGACAUUGUGUGAUAAUUAUAUUUUCAUCCUGUAUGUUGACAUUAACAUGUUAUGUUGACAUUGGUUAGUUAUGUUUGAAUAACAUAUGUUGACAUAUGAAAUGUUGACACUGUCUGAUAUUCUAUCAUUCUUAAGAGGUUGACAUUAACAUGUUAUGUUGACAUUGGUUAGUUAUGUUUGAAUAACAUAUGUUGACAUAUGAAAUGUUGACACUGUCUGAUAUUCUAUCAUUCUUAAGAGGUUGACAUUAACAUGUUAUGUUGACAUUGGUUAGUUAUGUUUGAAUAACACGUGUUGACAUGACAUGAAAUGUUGACAUUGUCUGUUAUUCAAUCAUUCUAGAGGUUGACAUUAACAUGUUAUGUCAACAUUUUAUGAUUACGGUGAGAAAAAUAUGACACAUUGCAUGAUAAGUUAACAUUUCAGUAAUGUGUAAACACUGUAAGAUAUGUUGACAUUAUUUGAUAUUGAUAGGAUAAAGUUAAUGUAAUAAUGUCAACAUGAAAACAUCAUAUUGUGAUAUAUAUAUAUACCGUCCUUAUAAAGCAGUCUGUGAUAAGAUUUCUGUUGUUUAUUAUAUAAAUAUCAUUUACAUAUUAUUUGUUAAAUUGUUAAAAAAAGAAAAGAAAACUGAGUAGCUUUUAUAUGUAAGCACAUAAUUCACUCUGUCUUUAAUAAAUAGUUAUACUUUAAAUAUACUUUUUCUUUUAUUCAUUAAAUUUAAAGGAGUCGAGAAUGGUUAAAUAUUAUGUUCACAUAGACACAAUGCUUAUUUAUAGGAACAGAACAUUAAGUUUGAAAUGUGAAACAAGACAUUUAUUCAUUUGUUUGUAUUUAUACAUACUGUCAAAUCUUUACAUUUGAGCAUCAGUUAAUAGUGAAGAUAAAUCUUGGACAUUUUGAGUGCUGUAACUUUAAAAAGAAAAUUAAUCAAUUAAGUUAUUAAUUACGUAAUUAAUUAAGUAAUAAUUAAACAUGUCAGUGCUACUUUUUUGUGAUUUUCCCCCAUUUUUUACAUAAAAGCAUUGUGAAAGUGUUCCCUGGAAUAUUUUUGGAAGACAGUACAUUUUAAGAGUUUUGCCUUAUUUUGUUUCAAGAAGUCCGUCCUCAAUAUAGUCAAUUUUCCGUCCAUUUUCUGCCUUUUUAUUAGUCAUUUAUGUAUUUAUUAAUUUGUAAGGUUACAUGUAUAUAAUAAUAUGAUAACAAAUAUAACCUUGUCUCAUUGGUAUUAUAGCAAAGCAUAGCUUUGAAAAAUUUUAUGAGCUGUACAAAACAAAAAAUUAAAUUUUCUGUUACCAGAUCCGUUUUAACAUGUCAAAAUAGUAAUUCAACAACUACCGUAAAAUGUGUCUUUUUUUAACUUUCAGAAGUGCAAUACUUGAUUGUUUUAAUGAUGAUGUCCUUAGCAAAUUGUUUGAAACAACUUUUUUAUUAUUUUAAACUUAAAAUCUACUGAAAAUUCUGUAACCAGUCUCUAAAAAUUCAAAAUCUACUGAACCAGUCUAAAGUUUAUGGAUGGUUUCCAUCAUCAAGUUGUUAUAACCUAGGGUACCAGCUGCCAAUAUUUUAAAGCCUAUAAAAUAAUUUAUCAUUCGAUUUUUACCUGGAAUGAUUCCUUUUUCAGUGGAAAAAAGAAUGCCGUCUGCUGCUGUCUCAAUAUUUUCAAGAUUUUUGCUCAAAACUUAGAAAUAAAAUUGGGCGAAUGAAAAUUGUAUUCUGUUUUUAUUUAUAAAAUUUGUUAUCAAUGAAAUAUUUGUUUCAUUUUCAUGUAUGUAUCAUUUAUAUUAUCUAUUUUAAAAAAAAGUUGUUCAUGAGUUAAUAUUGCCACAGAAAUAAAGAAUUAUAUAAGAAAUAAA